AUGUCCUCCAAACAUGAGAUGAGACAAUUGGAAGAGGAUUUACUUGAGAACAACAACAGGAACGAAUAUGAGAUUGCUGACGAGCUACCGCCGCCUACCUACAACUCUCUCUUCUCCGACGACCUACUACUUCCACCGCCAACUACCAGGGACGAAAGGCGUGAAUCGGUCCUGAUCGAAGAUAUCGGUCGCUUUAGCAUAGAUUUAAGUGCCGGAAAUCGCACGUCUACGCUGAUCGAACAAUUUUUAUUACCCGCGCAACGGCCACAGAUUAUACAAAUUCAAGCCGACAGUUCCAGUUCAGAUUCACUUGUCAAACCCACCGAUGAUGUGAAGAGCUUAGUUGGAACUCAUGAAAUCCCACUGGAAAUUCUUCUGAUGCUUGUAGGAAGCAGAGAGGAGAUCAAAUCUGUUAUACUGGUCGGCCAGGAACUUCAUCAACAUGGCCACCGAGUUCGAGUCGCUACACAUUCAAUUUUCCAAUCACUCGUUCACAGAGCCGGAUUGGAAUUCUUCUCCAUCAGUAGCGACCCAGAGCAUCCUAUCGCGGCAAAAGAUUCAGGCCUAAUGCCUGAUUCAAGCGGUCUUGACAGACCCCAGGUCCUGAAAAACAAGAAGGUCUUACUGAACACCCUAAAAGAAUGUUGGAAUGCCUGCACCCACCCCGGCUCGCAUGAAAACAAACCUUUCGUCCCUGACGCGAUUAUCGCAACGCCUCUUGCACAUGCUCAUGUCCAUUGUGCGGAGCGGCUGUCAAUCCCGCUUCAUAUCAUGUCUAAUAGCCCCUGGACACCGACGAGACGAUUCACACAUCCGCUAGCACAGAUUGAGACAGGAAGUGAGAUUGAUUACCAGUUGCAGAACUAUAUCUCCUAUCUGCUGGUUGGGGAGUCGGUAUGGCAUGACGGGGCCGGGAUUUUAAGAGAGUCCAAGAUUCCUCAUACCUAUCUAUGGUCCUCAGAAUUGCUCCCCAAACCGGAGGACUGGGACGAUACCAUUGAUAUUUCUGGUUACCCUACAAUCGGAAGCCCGUCUCCUUUUACCCCUUCAAAGGCGCUAGAAAAUUUCCUCGAUUCCGCAAUCGACCCUGUCUUCGUCGCACUGGACAUCACCCAAUUGAACAACCCCAAGUUAUUCGCUCAAUACCUCGUUGAAGCUUCACGAAAGUACGGAGUAUAUCUUGUCCUACCAAGUGGGUUCCGAGAAAUACUUAAUAAAUCGGAAAUGCCAAAAAAGAUUUUCCUGCUAGAGAAUGACCCAAAUGGUAAAGAGUGGCUCAUGGGCAAAAUAUCGAUCUUGUUAACCAGUGGUGACAUCCCGACGGUAAAGGAGGGUGUUCAAAACGGAAAACCAAUGAUCUCAUUACCACUUCUUUGCGACCAACCCUUUUGGGCAACAACCAUCCACAAUGCAGGUGUCGGUCCAGCUCCACUUCGCGAGAAAGCGCUCACCAGCGAAAGCCUUUUCGAGGCAUUCCAAUAUUGUCGACAGCCAAGUGUAAAACAGGUUGCUUUGAGGUUAGGCCAGAGGAUCCGGGGGGAGAACGGCACUACAAACGCCGUGCAGUCGUUUUAUCGCCAUUUAAGAUGGGAAAAGGUUCGAUGCAGUGAUACCAACACAGAGCCUGUGAUCUAUCGCAUGCAAUUGAAACCAUCAUUUGGCGGCAAAGUCGAGACUGAUGGGGUUGGCAUUUCGAUCAGAGGAGGUGGCUCCCCCGUGGAACCGGAUGAGUACCCCAUACACACGAGACGGGAUCAGAUACCCGAGCUCACCGAGGAAAAGGUCAAGACCACCUUCCUUGUCGAUGCAAAGGGAGUAUCCAAAAGUCUUAUCAAAGCCAUCAUUAAACCUACGGUCUCGCACAUCGCAGAUGCGCACAGGAAACGCGAGAAUCAGAAUGACGUACCCGUGCCGACCGGUUCAAAAGCCGAGCAACAUAAAACCCGAACGGAGACGGCGAUGAAGGUAGCUAGGAACGUGGGCUUUGGGUCUGCAGUCACUUGUGGGAAGAUUGCGAUGCUGCCUUUUAAAACUGUAUGGUAUAUGAGCGAAACGGCAUCAUACGGAGUUCGAGCCCUACAGGGCCUGGAUCGCAAUGACGACAAAAGAAAUAAUCAGGACAUGGAACAAGCGUCCAAUGUCAACAAUCCUCGGGUUUUCGAUGAAGGUAAAGUUGUUGAACUUAUAAAGCGUGAAGGAUUUCAGUUCUGA